AUGGUCACUUCUCCCAGCCACCUCAAAUCUGCAUCUCCGAACAUCUACCAUGGACAGUUCUAUGGGCUAGAACCAAACGUGACACGGAUUUUCGGGGGAGCAAUCGACGCAGUCGCCGUUCUCAGGCCUGAGAUAACCAUUACCUCACCUUCCUGCAUCGCCUGUGCUGGACUUGCAGUCAGAGCCUGGGCGGUUCUCAACAUGCAGCCAUUCACACUUCUUGCGAGGCUGCCCGCCUCACUGCUGCUCCUCGUGGCGGCUCAGGUCGGGAAGGGCUCGGCUGAGGCACAGCGGCUCCCAACGGCUAUUCGGAAGAUGAGCCCCGACGCAGGCGAGAAGCUGCUGCAUGAGUACUACGCGUUUGCCCAGGAGGAAGAGGUAUCGCAGAUUGGAACCCAAGCCCAAGCCGCCGUGCUAGCAAAGGGAGUCUUGGAGGUGGAAGAAGAGGAGCUCUUGGCGGCCAAUUCGUCGGCUUCGAUAUCUUACCGCGCGCCUUUCGCACCACAUUUUGACUCACGCUUGGCGACGAGGGGGAAUGAGGAUGGUGCAAGUGGCUGGCACCUGUUCCAAAGGGGCAGGAGUGUUAUUGCGAGACUGGAGAAGAGGCAGUUCGCCUGUCCGACUGGGACGUCAGACUGCUCGGCUAUCGGCUUCCCUAACAGCUGUUGCCAGGCGGGAACAGAAUGCGUGCAGAUCACCGACACCGGCCUGGGGCCAUAUUGGAUGUGUCCAGAGUGCGACCGCUACGGCGACCGUUGUGACGCACACAAGCACCAUGACCUCGACGACCAACGGCUCUCCAACCACAACCGUGGUCACCCUUACCGUUCCUCCGUCUUCAUCUGCAAGCACAACAAGAACGAGCACCAGGACAAGCUCAAGUUCGACUUCUACGAGCGAGACCUCCACAACUGCCAGCUCGACGUCAGCAACGUCAACCGAGACGUCCUCUGCUCCAGGAGCGCCUGUCCGCCCAACCUCGAUCAGCACCUUGACCACGCCCCCCGGUUAUUGCCCCACGGGAUUCUAUGCAUGCUCGGCCGUCUACGGUGGAGGCUGCUGCCAGACCGGCCGCGACUGCCACGUGACUUCGUGCCCGUCUACAGCAUCCACCACCAUUAUCUCUGGCGACGAGACAGUAGUCGUGCCUGUGACGGCGGUCCCUACCACCACCUCGACGGGGACAUGUGCCGGCGGCUGGUCCCUGUGCCCUUCGGACGCGGGCGCCACUGCAGCGCGACGGCCAGCGUGGCCAAGGAGCUGCCCGGCAACAGUGAGAUUUUUGGACUGCGCAAGGCGCAGGAAUGCGGCGUGAGGAACAGCUCUUCGAGGUGA